UAGUUAUUAAUUCACGUAUUUAAUGUAAAAAGAAUUUUUUUAUUGCCAAUUAAUGUAUUAAUUGUAAAAGUUUAAGUGAGUUUUAGGUGUAUAUAUAUAUAGUGAUAUGAGAUAUAAGGUCCACCAAGGUUGCAACAAAAGACAUGGCUUCUCACAAGAUUGGGAUUAUUCACAAGAUUGGGAUUAUCUUCCUUGUCCUCGCAUGCGGUGCAAUUCUUUUGGAAGGCAACAUGGAAACGAAUGAUGAUAAAUAUUGCCUAGGUAUAUGCUAUGGUGCAGCAUACAUGACCUGUCCAUCUUCAGGUGCUAAACAUCUCAAACCAUUAUGCAACUGUUGCCUUGCAUCAAAGGGUUGUACACUGUACGGAGCAGAUGGAACUCCUAUGUGCACUGCUACUACUUGAAGCAAUGGAUGUUUGUUCUUGUGCUCAAAGUUUACAUGUGAAUUUCAAUAAACUGUAAUACAAUUGAAUUAGCGUUUUGCAGAACUAGUAAUGACAAUGACAUAGUAAUGAGUCUACCUAGGCCUCAUUUGGAAACACAGCUUAAUUAAGUGCUUAUGGUCAUAAGCGCUUAUGACAUAAGUGCUUAUUCAUAAGCUAUUUUAUUUUAUUUAUUUAAAUAACUUAAAAAUAAGCUAUAUAAGUAUAAACUCUUUUUCAUAAGCUAUUUUGAGUAACUUAUGAAAAUAAGCUCAAAACAGCUUAUGGUACGUCAUAAGUUGUUUGCAUAAGCACUCCCAAACACUGACAUAAGAGCUUAUGCUAUCAGAUAAGCUCAAAUAAGCUCUUCCAAACGGGGCCCUAGUUAUAAAGCAAAAAGCUAAAAAACACU